GAGAAAUCUCCCACUCCCACAUCACAGGGGGCUCUUGGUCUCCUCUCAAGCUGUUCUUCUCUUCCCACUUCAUAACCUUGCUCUCCUAACUCUACCGUUGCUACAGAGCCACAAUGAACCGGCAGUUCAGCUCCAGAUCAGUGUCAACAGGAGGAAGAAGGGGCUAUUCCAUUUCUGGCAGUGGCUACAGAGCGGGCAGUGGCUCAGCGUCCCUCGUUCCCCUUGGAGGAGCGGGUGGUUUAGCUGGUGGCUUUGGCAGCAGAAGUCUCUACAGCCUUGGUGGAAGCAAGCGGAUAUCUCUGGGCCUAGUUUCUGGUGGUGGUGGUGGUGGAGGAGGUUUUGGUGGAAGAGGCUUAGGUGGUGGUGGUGGUCUAGGAUUCAGCAGCUUUAGUGCUGCAAAUUAUGGAGGUUUUGGCGGCGGUGGUGUAGGCUUUGGCAGUGGUGUAGGUCUUGGUGGUGGUGGUGCAGGCUUUGGAGGUGGUGCAGGCCUUGGUGGUGGUGGUGCAGGUUUUGGUGGUGGUGCUGGCCUGGGAGGCUUUGGUGCUGGAGGAUUUGCCAUUUCAGGCCCUGGGUCCUUUCCACCACCUGGGCGCAUCCAUAAUGUUAUUGUUAACAAGAAUCUACUGACUCCACUGCACAUGGAAGUUGAUCCUGAGCUCCAGAGGGUUCGGGUGCAAGAAAGGGAACAGAUCAAGACCCUCAACAACAAAUUUGCCAGCUUCAUUGACAAGGUGCGAUUCCUCGAGCAACAGAACAAAGUGCUGGAGACCAAAUGGGACUUGCUCUAUCAGCAGGGCAGUCCGGCUCUGAGGGACAAUCUCGAGCCCCUCUAUGAGGGUUACAUUGACAGCCUCCGCCGGCAGCUGGAAAGUCUAAUCACUGACAAAAACCACUUGGAUAUUGAACUGAAGAACACACAAGGGCUUGUCGAGGAUUUCAAGAACAAAUACGAGGAUGAAAUUAACAGACGUACAGCUUGUGAGAAUGACUUUGUGGUGCUCAAAAAGGAUGUGGAUGGUUCCUACAUGCACAAGAUUGAUCUGGGAUCCAAGGCAGAUUCCUUGACACAGCACAUCCAGUUCUUAAGAGCUCUCUUUGAUGCAGAACUUGCUCAGGUACAGUCACAAGUCAAAGACACCAAUGUCGUCCUGCAAAUGGACAACAACAGAGAUCUGGACCUGAAUAGCAUCAUUGCUGAAGUCAAAGCUCAGUAUGAAGAUAUUGCCAACAGAAGCAGAGCUGAGGCAGAAGCCUGGUACCAAAGCAAGUAUCAGGAACUCCAAAGCACAGCUACCAAACAUGGAGAUGACUUGAAAUGCACCAAAGAUGAGAUUGCAGAAUUGAGCCGGAUUGUCCAAAGACUGCGCGCUGAAAUUGAAAUUGUGAAGAAAGCGGUUAAUGGCCUACAUUCUUCCAUAGCAGAAUCUGAGCAGCGUGGGGAGAUGGCACUCAAAGAUGCUCGGACAAAGUUGCUUGACCUUCAGACUACCUUACACACCCGCAAGGAUGAGCUGGCUCGCCUACUGCGUGAUUAUCAGGAGCUGAUGAAUGUGAAGUUGGCUCUGGAUAUUGAGAUUGCCACCUAUAGGACACUGCUGGAGGGAGAGGAGAGCCGGAUGUCUGGAGAGUGCCCGACUCCUGUCAACAUCUCUGUGAUCAGUAGUUCCAGUUCUACUGGUGGUGGAUACGGCGCUGGAGGGGGAUGCGGAUAUGGAGUCGGAGGAGGAGGAAGUGGAUAUGGAGUCGGAAGUGGAUAUGGAGUCGGAGGGGGAAGCGGAUACGGCGCUGGAGGAGGAAGCGGAUAUGGCACUGGAGGGGGAAGCGGAUUGAGUCUUGGUGGGGGAGGUGGCGGCGGCGGUGGACAUAGCCGAAUCAGUGUUGGAGGAGGAGGAAUCAGCCGACUUAGCAGUGGGGGCAGCCUAAGUGGUGGCAGUGGAUAUGGCUAUGGUGGGGGAAGUUCAAGUGUGAAGUUUAUAUCGUCCACAUCAAGCAAGAGAAUAAGCAGUUAAGUUUUUUUUUUUUAAAUCAUCAUUCAUUGCUUCAAGAAACAACAGUGCUCCCUCCCAGAAUACAUAAUACAUGUGUCCUUACUGGUAGCUAUUCCACACAAGCAUUCUAAUUCAACCACAAAUAAAAGAAAGAAAUGCCAAAUAUGCCACCGUUUUCUAUCAUUCUGCUAUGUCAUCCUCAACUGCUUUUGAAUUGCACUCUGGUAAUUUGUGCAACCUGCUUCUAGAGCUUUACAAACUGGUGGCCAUGAGGAAUCGUGAGGUGGGGAGGGAUAGUUUUGACCCCCGCCUCUCCCCACUGAAGAUUCUCAAAGCUCCCAGAGGUUAAGUAUUCUUGUUCAUUCACUCUCCCCUGCCCCAUUUUUUUCUUUAGCUGACACUCUGCCAUUCUACACGUUCCACCCUUCUGGGCCAUUUCUGUCCUGCUCCAUCUGGUUUUUAUAAUUUCUUUUUAUUUUGGUUAGUUUACAAAGUCAUUUUCCCCCUGUAUCCCCCCACCAGUAAGUAGUAAUUCCUACCUAGUCCAUGGGUGACCCCAUUGUAUGGCUUUCAUUAUCCGCAGAGGAGUCAGCCAGAUUACUCUUAGAUAUUGUAAUGAAUGGAAUGAAUGUUGGUUAUAGAACAGCUUUCUUUCAUUUAAUUGCUUUUCUUGCUGUAUAGAACUACAGUUAAUGGUCACUUAGUUUGUCACAUAAUACCUUUUUCUAUAAGUUCUUAGUACCUUUUCCCUCAGAACUGGAUGGUCCCAUUUUGUGACAAGGACUACCCCCUACACUGCCCAAUAAAACAGGAUGAGAUGGGUACUUAAUUGCAGUUAAAGAAACAUAAGAGUAUAAAACCAUGUUGCUAGUAAAUACAUUUUAAAACAGUAACCCAAUCUUAGCCUGUUUUAAACUAUAUUUCUUCAAGGGUGCAGGGUGGCUGGAAAUAAACUACAUCUCAGGUGUAUUACUGUUUCACUAUCUGAUUCAAGUAGGUGAUGAGGUAAGCUGUUUUUCACAAAAGUUCACAGCAAAUCUGUUGAUUUUUGGGUUCCCCAGGACUCUUUGUUCUUUUUAUGGCUAAACCCGUGUCAUCGUGAAAGGCAAUAACAACAACAAAAAGAUUUUGCAGUCUGUAGACUGACAAUCACCCCUAACAUCUCAAUAUGGGUUUACCACACAAAAUGGACCUAGUCCGAGAACAGAUCAGUCUGUGAAGUCCUUAUGUGACAUGUGAAGGCCCCCCUUUGGGUGUGAAAGUUGCUUGCAUAGUACAUCAGGAAAAGGAUAUGGAGGCCUGUUACUGAAUGAUAAUCUAGUAUCUCUACCUCUUUCUCUCUUAGACUACAUUCUGUCAGGCUGCACAUAAAUACCUGUUUCCCCUUGCCAAUUCUACAAUGAUGCAUGGUAAUUCCAGUUCCUCUGUGGUCUUAGUUUACAGGGAAUUUAGCCAAAAUGUUAAAGCCUUCCCUGCUGAAAUCAUAAUACAGGGAUGGGGAAAGUCUUUUUAAAGGUACCAUAGCCCUGUCGGGGGGUGGGGGAGGCAACUCUCAUUUGACUGAACUAGAGUUUCACCCAACUGAAUGAACCUAAAAGUUUCCUCUGGAAUGCAGCUGUGGAACAUAAAGAAGUCUAAAAUAAUUUUCAUGUUGGAUCAGUGUAUUUCAAAGCAAUUCACCUAGAGGCUUUCAUUCUCUCUACCAAACAUUUCACUCACGCACACACUGAAUGCCUAUCUACACUAGUCACCUAUUGUUAGUUUUAUGCCAGUUUCACAGUGAUAGCUUCCUCAAAGAAUCCUGGGAAUUGUAGUUUGGCGAUGGUGUUGAGAAUUUAGUGCUGAAGACCUGUAGGCUCACCUUCACUGAAUUAUAGUUCCUAAGAUUCUUUGGGAAAAGGCAGUUACAAAUAAACCAGUGAAAAUGUUCCAGUCGUUCCUGCCUUUUGUUACCAAAUCCAAACAGCAAUUGUAUAACUAUAAUGACUUGUACUGGGGGAGGGGAAACAAGCAUUCCUUUCUGAUCAGGGCUGGAAUUUUAGGGAGCUUGAAGGAAGUCCCUUUAAUAUUCCAAAAGACUUUUCUCAAAGGAAGCCACAACAGAAGAUCAUCUUUAAGGACAUCGAAGAUGCCGUGACAGAAUCAUUAUUGCCGUUGCUGCAUAUGUACAUUUCUUUGGUUCUAGUGCGACAAUGAGUCCCUGCAGCUGUGCAGGACCAGAGAUGCAAAUGGGGGUGCGUGCAAACACCCUGGGCAAUGAUGCAUCAAACCAUAUUACAUUGGAUAGAGAUGCACUAGUCAUAUAAUCUUCAGCACUAUCAUUUGGCUUUGGGUAUUUGCUCCUUUCCCAUGGCUUUUCUGGGAUUAGACAACCAUAAACCACAUUCUCUCCAGUAUUUACUUCCUCAGUUUACAGACUGAGUUCUCUAUUAUGUGUAUUAUCAGAACUGGAGUCAAUAGUUUCUGAAGCAUUUUUUAUUGGGGUGACAAGUCAUCCGUGUCCCCUACUUCCCACUUUAUGGAGCAAUUUUGUCUGUUACUUGCAAUAACUAACA